AUGGGAUUUCAAAAGGCCCUGAAGACACCUGGAACCACUGCCACGCACUGGGCCUGCUUCCUACAAUCUUGCCUCCUCCUUGCAGGAGUAUUGUUCCUUGGGGGCAAGGAAGAAGUACUUGCAGCACUGUUUGAGCGCUCCUAUAUGGGCGAGAGGCCCACCCCACUGCAGCCCCAGUUCGGUUUUCGUUCUGGUUGGACGCAGCUUCGUAAACCUCUGGGAGGACGGAGCUGCAGCACCGAUUUCCUCCCGCUGAAACAUCGCCUUGAGCCCUCUUUCCUGUCUUCGUGGACUUCCCCAUCUCCAGAAAUAGCGGAGGCUUCCGUUGCCGGGGACUGGGACGUGAGCGGCAAACUACAGGAGGGCGCGCAAGGUGGUGGCUCACGCCUCGCUGCAGGUAAUGUAGCAGCAGGUGCUAUAAGGCGAGCUGCUGGUGCUAAAGAAGCAACAGCAUUUGUAAGCAUCUUGGAGGCUCUUCAACGUGGAAGGCGUUUGUCCCUUUCAUUGUCCACCAACCGCGUCGCGGAAUUGAGCAUUUCCAAGAAGUUUUCGCUAGGGACCGGUCUUUCCGUCAGAGGCAUUUGGCAGGGUUCUUGGCUCAGACAGGUGCCACAGCUGGGCCUUGGAGAAGCGAGCCUUUACUUCUCACCGUUUUUCCCGUGGAGGAGUCACCCGCUUGGGGCGGUGGAAAUCAAACCUCACGAGGACGACCCGACAGUGGACACCUUGUUACAGUAG